AUGUGUCUCGGCCAGGGGAUGGAGCGGGGGCGCCUCUCGCAGGCCGCGGCCGAGCUGGGCGCCGCGCAGCAGGCCGGGAGCCCCUGGAAGCAGCAGGACCUGGAGGACGCCCUCUUUGACGCGGGCGUGGCGGACGAGCUCGUCGAGUUCCACAUGGAGAGGGAGCGCAGGGCCUUCUCUCCGCGAGGCGGCGCGGCCAGGGACGCGGCCCUCGAUGCCGGGCUGCGCGACGCCGGGGUGAGGUUCAUGUGGAGUCUGUGCCAGGCUGUCGGGCUGCUUCCUGCAGCUGGGUUCCAAGCCGCCACGCUGCUCGACGUCGCUUGCCUGCGCCGCGACGGGGGAAUACUCCCAGAGCACCUCCCGCUCGCGUGCACGGUGAUCGUGAAGCUGCUGAAGAAGGCGGACACGGCGACCACAGUGGUGUCCAACGCCUCCAUGGUCCCUCACGCCCAGCGCAUGGUGGGGUGCCUGAGGCAGCUGGGCCACCACGUUCCAGACGCCACCGAGGACGCGCUGACGGCUCAGGAGGGCAUUCUGCUGGUGACGCUGAAGUGGGAGACACAGCCCCCCACUGUGGAGAGCUGGGUCUCGAUCUUCGUCUCGCGCUUCAACAUCAUCACCUGCGGCAUCCACGCGGCCAGGCUGAACCAGGUCUGGGAGCAGAGCAUGCUGUGCGCCCAGGCCCUCGCCACGAAGCUCCCAGCCUCGCGAGACAUGCCGCCCCUGGCGAUGGCCAGAGGGCUAUUGGGCGUGGGCUUCGUCUGCUCGGGCCUGCUGCCGACGGUGGCCGCCGACACCUCUGUCAUCCUGGGCUCGCUUCAGACAGCGGUCAUGGCCUGCCCCAGGGAGAUGCAGGCAUCUUGCGAAGCAGCAGUGGCCGCGUUGCAGAAGGCUGGCAGCGAGGUGCGGCUGGCCGUGGCAGCUCAGAGGGCGCAGCAGGAGCUGGUUUCAGCUGCUGCGGCGCAGGGCGGGGCGUGA